AACUCCGGGCUGCAAUAACCCUCCACACGUCCUUGACAAACAGCAGGAAGCUAAGAUGGCGGCCGCCGCAGUCAGAAGUCUGGGCUCCAGUUUGGCCAAAAACCUCCGAGAGAUCCGCGUCCACCUCUGCCAGACCUCUACGGCCAGCAAGGGGGCCAGAGACUUUGUGGAGCAGCACUAUGUCACUCUGAAGAAGUCCAAUCCAGACUUCCCGAUCCUGAUAAGAGAGUGUUCUGGAGUCCAGGCCCGACUCUGGGCCAGAUACGAUUUCGGUAAAGAGAGCAGCAUCUCAGUGGACAACAUGUCAGCUGAUCAGGUGGCCAAAGCUCUGCAGACUCUGGUUCAGUCCAAACCUUAACCCCCCCCCUCGCUGAAAGUGGUUCAGUCUCAACUGGACUCACCCUCUUCCCUCGCUCAGUUGUCUGUAAAUGUGUUGAUGUGAAUAAACAUGAAUGUUAUUAAUGUA